AAAAGGCCCAACGAAGAAAAGGAAACUUCUUUUCGACAAACAAAGAAAAGAGAGAGAAAGAAGAGAGAGAAGGGAGUUGUUUGGUUCUUCGGAAGCUAUCUGUCUCUCUCCCUCUCUCUCCCCCUUCUCCCCUCUUUCUCUUCUCUUUGUUCUCGUAAAACUUUCCCGAGAAAACACAAGAAAAAGCGAACGAAAAGCGAAGAAAGUAAGGAUAUUUUAAGAGAAAAAAAAGUAAGGGAGAAGGAAAGAAUUCUGAUUUUCUGGAGAUUGUAUUAGAUUGGAAAAAAAAGGCCAUUAUGGAGUUGGACGGUAGCGAGUGUGUUUCAUCCUCUGAUGGGUUGGAUGAGGAUGAGAUCCAUCCCCACAAUCUUCAUCAUCAUCACCAUCAAUUUUCUUCAUCAAAGCCUCACAAUGCCGGCGCCAAUAAUAACAAUAACGCCAACAAUGUAGUCGGUCCCACUGGAAUCGUUCCGGCCACCAGCGUCCAUGAGUUGCUAGAAUGCCCUGUUUGCACCAAUUCUAUGUACCCACCAAUCCAUCAGUGUCAUAAUGGACACACACUGUGUUCAACCUGUAAAGCAAGGGUCCACAAUAGGUGCCCCACUUGUCGGCAGGAGCUUGGAGAUAUUAGGUGUUUAGCGCUAGAGAAGGUGGCUGAGUCACUUGAAUUGCCAUGCAAAUAUUGCAACUUGGGGUGUCCAGAGAUAUUCCCAUAUUACAGUAAACUCAAGCAUGAGGUAGUUUGCAACUUCAGGCCAUAUAAUUGCCCAUAUGCUGGUUCAGAAUGCUCGACUGUUGGAGAUAUUUCUUUCCUUGUUUCUCAUUUGAAAGAUGAUCACAAGGUGGACAUGCACACAGGAUGCACUUUCAACCAUCGUUAUGUCAAGUCAAAUCCCCAUGAGGUGGAGAAUGCAACGUGGAUGCUGACGGUGUUUAAUUGUUUUGGCCAAUACUUCUGCCUUCACUUUGAAGCCUUUCAGCUUGGUGUGGCUCCUGUGUACAUGGCAUUCCUUCGUUUCAUGGGUGAUGAGACUGAGGCUAGGAGUUAUAGCUAUAGCCUUGAGGUUGGGGCAAAUGGCAGGAAACUCAUCUGGGAGGGUUCUCCACGAAGCAUCCGAGAUAGCCAUCGGAAGGUGAGGGAUAGUCAUGAUGGCCUCAUUAUUCAACGAAACAUGGCACUUUUCUUUUCUGGAGGUGAUAGGAAAGAACUAAAGCUUAGAGUUACUGGAAGGAUAUGGAAGGAACAACAAAAUUCUGAAGUUGAUGUGUGCAUACCAAAUCUUUGUAGCUAAACAAGUGACUUUGAAAACGAUUCCAAGAUUUGUGUGUUUGAGAAUAUUUUGUGUUGUGAAAACCUAAUGUUUGAGAGCCAAAAUUUUUUGAAAAA